AUGUCUUCCUAUUUAUACAUAAUAAAUAAUUUUUAUUCAAAAGUGAUUGAAGGAAAAGUUAAAAUAAAUCCUAAUCAUCAUAGCAGCUAUAUUAAUCUUAUUACAUUGCUUUAUAGCUAAAAUAACACAUCUGUUUCAAACACAUUGUAAAACAAUCCAUUCUCAAUAACUUCUUGGUACCAUAAAAAUUUUACAAAAUUAAGUAAAUUGGAUGAGUAAGGAAAAGCUGUUUUAUAUACCUUUUAAUAAAUAAAUCCUUUAAUAAGGGCUAUUGAUUAUGAGAAUUAAUUUGUAUCUGAGGGUAUUAGGAAACUUUAAUUUUAAGAUACAAUAUUCGGGAUGUAAGAAUAAGGUAUUUUUAUAUCUCAAUAAAAUAAAUAUUCUAUUGAAGGUAAUACCUCUAAUGAAAAUUGUGGUCCUGGUUUAUUUGGUUAUGAUCCAAGAUGUAGAUUUUGGUAUUAAAAUGCUUUAAAAUAUAAAUCAUUAAGCUAAAAUAAACCUGAUUUUCUUUAUCUUGGAGGAUUAUCUCAAAAUCUUUGUUAAAAAUUACUUUAUUACGAUUAAAAAUCUUAGGAAAACCUUUUAAAUCAUGUUAUGUGCUUUACAUUUCCUUUAAAUAAUACAUCUUAUUAUUUUAAAAAUUUCGUAAAUUCAACAAAAUAAUUAUAUAUGAUAGAGCCAUUAAGUUAAACAAUUGUUUACGAUUCUAGCCAUCAAAUGGUAAAUUAAUAAGCCCUUAAUUUUGAAGAAAUAGAACUCUAGUAUCUUUAAGAUCAAUCAUAUGCUUAAAAUUUAAAUAAUACAUUACAUAAGCUAUAUUCAAAAUUUGUGAUUGAUGAGGUUAAUUAUAUAGGAUAAAUAGAUUUUUCUAAAUACUAUAAAAAUAUUACUAUAAUACCUUACCAAAGAAAUGGCAGCGAUUAUACAGUUAUACUAAACCCUAUAAAUGUAAUUGCUAAAGUACCUUCUUCAAAUAUAAUUGAUGAUAAAUCAUAUUUGACUCCAUAUGACUUCUUCUCAUCUAAAGAAACAAAAGAGCUUUAUGAAAGCUUUAUUCAUUGCAGUAGGAAUAACUCAUAAUCAUAUAGGCAGUAUUUUGAUUUCAUAGUAGCACUAUUUUUAGGCGAUGGAACACUUUUCUUAAUCAAUUUUAUUUGCUAGAUAUGA